UCAUAGGGUCAAUAAGCCAGUGGAUGGACACCACGUGUCCCUCUCAUCGUUGUAGAAGGAGGUCCAUUUGUAGUGAAAGGGCAUGUUGGUCACGAAGAAGCAAUCUUUCUGGCACACCUUCUUUAUUCAUAUCGUCCUCUAUAUAUAUUGGCCUCCCCCUUUAUGGUGUUCCAACAGUUUUCUUGGAUUCCAGAAUCCCAAACUAUACUAAUUGUGGGAGUGCUGAUCGGGUAGGGUUUCAAACUAAACUAGAUGGGGAGGUCACCAUGCUGUGAGAAGGUGGGUUUGAAAAAAGGACCAUGGACUCCUGAGGAAGACCAGAAGCUCUUGACUUACAUCGAACACCAUGGCCAUGGAAGCUGGCGUGCCUUGCCGCCAAAAGCAGGGCUCCAAAGAUGUGGGAAGAGCUGUCGUCUGAGGUGGACCAAUUACCUGAGGCCCGACAUCAAAAGAGGGAAGUUUAGUUUGCAAGAAGAACAGAGUAUCAUUCAGCUCCAUGCUCUUAUCGGAAACAGGUGGUCGGCUAUAGCAACUCAUUUGCCUAAGAGGACGGACAAUGAGAUCAAGAACUACUGGAACACACAUCUCAAGAAGAGACUAACCAAGCUGGGCAUCGAUCCCAUGACCCACAAGCCGAGGCACCACCACGGCUCCGGCAGCGGCCACGCUAAGGACGCUGCCAACAUAAGCCACAUGGCUCAGUGGGAGAGCGCCCGCCUUGAAGCCGAAGCCAGGCUCGUUAGAGAAUCCAAGCUGCAGGUCAUCUCCACCACCAACCCCAACCACCUCCUGAUCAGCAGCUCCUCCGACGCAACCCAUCAAGGUCACGUCAUCAACAAAGCUCCGCCGGGUCUGCCGUGUUUGGAUGUGCUCAGAGCAUGGCAAGGAACAUGGUCGACAAAGCCCACGGUUAGAAACGUUAACAGCACAAUUAUUUCGGGUGGUUCUAUGAUGUCCAUGGACGACCUCGAGUCUCCAACAUCCACCUUGAACUUCCCACAUAUUAACGCACUUAAUCCUCCAAUGCAAAAUGCCGUUAACAUUAACGGGCUCAACGAAAAUCCUGUGGUUCCAUCCGAGGUAUUGCAGGACAAUGUUAAUGUUACAUUUGGUUGUAUGGAUGCUUGUGCUGCUACACUUGCGUGGUUUGUGGAGGAGGGUACGUUAAGGUCAGGGAAUGAUGAGGAGGUCGGGAAUGUGAUAAUCCCAGCUGGAGUUUCAAAUAUCAUGAUGGAGGACUUCACUGAUGUUUUGGUUUACAACUCGUCGCUGGCCGGAGAGAUCUCUGAUAACGGCGGCAGCAACUUUGAGGAGAACAGGAGCUACUGGGACAGUAUAUACUCAAUCUGGUGAACGCUUCACCGUCUGGGUCGCCUGUGUUUUGAUUUUUGAAAGUCUAGAGUUAGGAGAUGUGACUCAAUCGUAGCAGCAAUGGUCAAUGAUUAGUUAGCAACUAAUUAAGUUGUAAUAAGGAGUAGAGUAGUUGUUUUUUAGUUUUAAAUAACAGGUUAUCUGAUCAACGAAAGAAAGAAUGUAACAAGUAAUUUAGAUGUUAUUAAUAUGGUAGUUCGAAGGUCACAACAAAAAUGGAUCCGGAUUCUUUGCUCU